CAAUAUAUGUUACUAUUACUGUUAUUGUAAUUUUAAGUAUCCUAGGAGGCCGUUCAAACCUCUCCAACCACGCAUUUAUUAGUUUCUUUUUAUUAUUCCUAGCCAUCUUUUUGAAUGGCAGAGGAGGAGCAAACCCAGACACGUGGAGUUGGAGUGUUUUUAGAGCUGAGAAAAAGGCUGCAGAGUGGACUUCUGAUCGUUGGGAGAGACGUGGCCAGAAACCCUGCCGAUGUGGUCGUGUCAGGGAGAGACUCCUCUCUCGAGGUCAGGACUCCCGGAUGGGAGCUGAGCCUGAGUUUACCAGCAGGAGUCGCCUUCGAGCAGGGGUCUUGUAUCUUAACACCCUCGGGAGAAUCCAGUGAGGAGGAGCUGCACUUUCGACUGCGCAUCACUGUUGGAAAAAACACAGAUGACGACGUGUCUGACAGCGUGAUGGAGACUCUGCGAGCGAAAGAGACUUACUGCUUCUACUGCCAGGGCUGCCAAACCCGGCUGCUGGAGGACAGAGUGUUUAAGCGGGUUCUUCCGCUCCCUAAUUGCAAUUGGAAUGCCAUCGUGGACGACUGGUGUUGCCAUCCGGACCCGUUUGCCAAGAAGCUGUUGCCCCGAGCAGAGGAUUGCUUACAGGGUGACACCUACAUCCUCCUCGCCAGAGACGGCAGCUGCAGCCAAACGCUGACCCAGGAAGUGAGCUCUGUGGAGACAGCGGACAGUCAAGAUCAGAAGAAAACCUGUCGCCGCUUGGCACUUAUCUCCUGCUCAAGCUGUUCAUCAGUGCUGGGAGAGGCUGUGGCACCAGAGACGCUGAAACUGUACAUCACACAGGUGGUGGUGGAGACUGCCACGGGAGAUCAAAAGCUAGAGGCUUCACUGAACAGGUCUGGCUUCCUGGAGAGGACGGUAGCAGCGAGACUGCUGAAGCUCUCCAACUCACUGAGCACCUUCCACUUCUCAGUUCAGACGCCAGAUGGAAAAGCCUUCCUACUGCUCUGGCUGCUCAACAGUGACUCCAUCGUAGCCUCAGUGCCAGAGAAGUGUAUCGGCGAGGAAAGCUCCAUCAUCAGCACCGAUCCUCACGGUCCACCAGCCAGAGCUGCCAGAGCCCUGAAACUCCUCUACAUCACCUGCUCCGAUGCAGAUAUCCAGCAGAGAGAGAUUGUUACUAGCUGGGAUGCCAGUGCCAUCGGACACCCCGUGGUGCUGCCGCUGAAGGUGUGCGAGGAGCUGCUGCGAGUGAUAGAUGGCAGCAACUCUACGCUUCCUGCCUCAAUGCGUCACAUGAGGUCUUAUGAGGUUGCGUACCUGAGACUGUGAGGUCAGAGGAGGAGCCCGGCUGUCAUAGAUCCACUCAUCCUUUUUGGAAGUGAACUUUAAGGACAUGCGAUCAAAGAACCUCUGAACUUGUUCAUGUGUUGCUUCUGAAAAAUAUUUUUUUCUGACCUUAAGAGGAGGUAUUCGGGUGUCUGAAGUGCCUGCCAAAUCAAAAAGUCCGAUAAAUCACAACCCUGUCACUAGAGUCCUCACAGUUCAGAUCUGCAGGACACUGUGACAUCACAGACCCGGGUCACGGUAAAGUUAGCCAUCCUCUCCACCUUUAUCUCUGCUCCCUGCAGUAUCUUGUUGGUAUUUUGACAAAAACAUGCCAGAAACAUUUUAUUAAGACCUCGGGACAUUGUGUCAACUUUUGAAAAAAGGUCCCGUGUCUCCUUUACAGAUUCAGUUCAGUGUGUGGAAGACACCUAGAUUUUUAGUGAUUGAAUACAUUUCUUUGACAUUAUUAUUUUUUUUAAUUUUUUGUAUUUGAUAUGAGCAUGCCCUACCGCCCAUUUUUAAUUUCUUCCAAUUAUUCAUGAUGUAUGUUUAUCUUGCACGUUGU